UAGGACAUAGCAGGGUUGUGAAACGGUUUAGUCGGCAAGUCUGUUCGUGGUUCAGUAGUGAGCGAACGCUGGAACAACCUGCUUUGCCGCGCAAGCCUACGUGACCUUCAGAACUACACACAGCUAUGUUGAUCUCCAUCUUCAUCUACCUAAUCUACUACAUGGUGUACACAGUGCUACUCGCCAUAGCUGGCCUGUGGUGCUUCGAAGACUGCGUCCUCACUGAGGAAGAGGAAUAUGAAUUUAUCAAUCAGCAUCAAGGAAUGCCGUAUUGAAAUGUUUUUGUGACAAUUUGCAAAGCAAACUGUUAACGAGAUUUCUAAGUCUGUGAAUUAAUUCGAAAGUGUUGUGUAGUGAGUGUCAGUGAAUUGGACAGUUCUAGAGUGAACAGAUAUUUUUCAAAAUGACUGGUUUUGUAAAAAUUGCUAUUGAUGACAUCUACUCUGAUAAUAAUUGGACAACAAUUAUUAAUAAAUACUGGCUGCUGGCAGAGAGAGUAUCAGAUCCUCGUGUGCAAGGAUGGUUCCUUUUCGACUCCCCAAUACCAACUCUUGUGAUGGUCCUAUUAUAUCUCGGGUUUGUGCUCGUUUUUGGACCAAUGUGGAUGGCCAAUCGGAAGCCAUUCAAAAUAAAAGGCAUCCUAGUGACCUACAAUGCUGCUCAAGUGCUUCUAUCCAGCUAUAUGUUUUAUGAGCAUUUGAUGUCAGGAUGGUGGGCCGACUACAGCUUGACGUGUCAACCUGUUGACUACAGUAAUAGCGAAACAGCCAAAAGAAUGCUCCAUCUCUGCUGGGUUUACUACUUCUCCAAGAUCUCAGAGUUCGCGGACACCGUCUUCUUCGUCUUGAGAAAGAAGAAGAGUCAAAUCACUUGGUUACAUAUCUACCACCACUCUCUUACGCCAUUCGAAGCUUGGAUGCUGGUUAAGUUCAUUGCUGGUGGUCAUGGAACGUUCUCAAACAUCGUCAACAACUUGGUACACGUUAUAAUGUACGCUUACUAUAUGUUAGCAGCCAUGGGCCCACAGUACGAGAAAUAUUUGUGGUGGAAGAAAUAUCUCACUACCAUGCAGUUGAGCCAGUUCUUCUUGGUGUUAUUCCAUUCAAUAAGCGCCUUGAUCUGCGAUUGUGGAUAUCCAAAGAUCAUCGCGUCAGGGCUUAUACUACAUUCAUCAAUAUUCAUUGUCCUCUUCAUGAACUUCUACAUGCAUGCCUACAAGCCCGAAAAACCGAAACGCCGAGUCGACUCUUGCAACAACGAUAUACCCAGUGACCAUGCUACAACCAACGGUCAUGUUAAAUCAGACGUUAAUGGUCAUGAAUAUAAUUUGAACGGUUCAAUAAAUGGACUAGCUCUUGAUCUAAAUUCUAGAACAAAUGGAAUUAAUGGUAUUGUAAGACAUAAGACUGAGAAUGUUAUUUCGAAGGGAGGUCUGGAGAGCACAUGCGAGAGAAAUGCUAUUGUAAACGGAGAAAUCAAAGAAAAAAUACUAUAAGUAAAAUGGAUAUUGUAAAUAUUAAUCCCAGACAAAUAUGUACUGUGAUUAAAAAUGGACUUUAUUGAAUCAAUAAAACAACGCAGUUAUUGUGAUUAUAUCGGUUGUUAAAAAAACCGAUUUAUAUUUGUAUAGACGCGUUAAUUAGGUUUGGUAUAAGUAUAGAGAAUUUUGUAUCGAACAAAAUCAAUUUGAUCAAACUACCUCACUGCAACAGUUAACGAUCCGUCCAUAUGAGAUUAUUAUAUUAAUGCGUCCCCACUUACGGGGUCUAUAUCCAAAACACUGUCUGUAAUUUCUACGAGUCGUUCCUUAACAGUAGUCACAGUUGAAUAAAUUAUCUUUAAUAGUCAGUUUUAACGGUGCUCAAUACAAUCAUGACUUGGGUAUCGAGUCUACGACUCGUCAUAAUUACGGCUAGUAACCUAGCACAAA